CAAAAUUAAAAAUUAAAAUAUAUAUAUAUAUUAGUUUUUUUAUCUUAGCUUUCUCUUAGCUCUCCCAUUAUUGGAGAUGCCCUAAACCGAGUCUUUUAGGCUUAGCACUCGCUCACUAAUCACCCACAGAGCAGCAUCAUAUUCUCUUGACCUUCAUUAAAAUGGAGGAAUUGCUAAGAAAUUAAAGCACCCUUCUCUUGUAUCUCCUCUGCAAAUUUCUCUUCUUUGUAGUCCAUCGGAGGAGUGUAGACGGGAGCUGAAACACCAGUUUUAUAUUUUAUUUCUGGGAUAAAUGAAUGAGGGUACUCUAUAGCUCUGCAUAGAUAAUCUGCACUAAAACACCAUACACCCUUUUGGGGCAUGACCCCAUUUUUCCUUUUGAGAAAAAAAGUAGGCCUUCUGUUAGGCUUACAGUCAGUAAUAUAGCUAGCCUGUUUUGUUAGGUGAUGGCCUGAUGCUGUAUGAGAUAGUUUUUGAAUCUACAUUUUUUGGUCAAUAUGCCUGUUCUUAGUUGUUAGUAAGUGUUACUUAAAAGUUGUUGGUAUUUGAGAGGUGCAAAUCUGUGGCCAUAACAGGAGUUUUCUGCUUCUCUAUGUUAUCAGGCAACUAGUUUUGCUUUGCUAAGGGGAAUCCUGGACAUGGGAAGUCUUCAUUUUCCAUAUCAUGUAGCUGGCCAUUAAGUUGAGCUGGAAAAAAAAUUAGAAACCUAUAUAUAUAUAUAUAUAUAAAACCAUCUGUCAUGCUUGUCACAAAAUUAUAUGUUCUGAACCACAUCUGAAUGCAUUGUGAACUGCUAAAUUUCAGCUUCCUUUUUAGACCAUCUAGGCUCAUAUUGUCUUGCAAAAUAGCUCUAGCAAAUUUAUCUAGGCAAUUUGCUUGAGGUGUUUAGUUGAACACAGGGUAUUCAACUGUUGCCAUGAACCAGAGAGAAGGUGAUUAUGUUCCAAUUAGAGAUGCAGAGAAUGUCCAACUGGGAAUGUUUGACAAACCCCUUCCUUGCUUUGGCUGUGGAAUUGGAUGGUUUUCCCUUUUGCUUGGAUUUGUGUUCCCGCUGAUGUGGUACUUCUCAGCAAUUCUCUACUUUGGGAAGUACUAUAACAAGGAUCCAAGAGAGCGAUCUGGCCUUGCUGCCUGUGCAAUUGCUGCUAUAGUGUUCACAAUAGCUGCGGUGAUCGCUUUACUUGUUUAUUUGUUGUGAUUCUCGCCUCGCCAGAUUCAUCUUUGCAGCUGCAGUGUAUGUUUCAAAAAGAUAAGAUGAACCUGAUUCCAAGUGCUCAAGUUGUAAUGGGCCCCGGACCAAGCUUUCUGAAAUCUCUGCACUCUUGUACAUAAUACGAAAAUGCUGUACAAUGAUGGAGGGGAACCCAGCUCAACUGUGAGAUCCCCAUUUAGUGCAAAUCUGUCUAUGUAUUCUACUUGUAGGUAUUAGAAAAGGCGACAUUCCUUGAUGUGUUCCUUAGAUUUUGCUGGAAGCCUGAAGCAUGACGAGCGCGGAACCACAUGCUUGGCCAUUCAAUUUAAGCGAAAUGACUUGAAAUAUGAAAAUUCCCCUUGUUUAUUCCUUGCAUUUCGUAGAAAGCUGCUCGUUACGUUA